CGCAGCCUUGCCAAGUGGAAGGCGGCCCGCUGAACAAUUGGGCAGGACCCAGACGACAAGGGGUACGAUUAUUUUUAUUUCUUUUGGCCCACGAUUACGUAGCACCUAGUGAGAUGACGACGCUGCCAUAGGAAUUGUGCGGGAGAGCCCAGUCGGCGCAGAACGACAGCUUGCGGAAAGCGACAUAUCACUCGAUAUCUAAUCACACCACCAGCCUUUUGAAGCCCGAAGCCACCGAACCCAUCUGACGCAGCAGCGAGAGAGAUCCCGACCCUCGACAUCUAUGCCCCGCCAGCUCGACAGAGAUGCGAACUGGACGUGCGGCGUCCUAAUGCACUGAACCAUGUUCACCUCGGCGUUUAAGUCGAUUUCCUCGACGAACAUCACCUCCAAUUAUACGAUUUCCCAGACGCUGACAUCGACGGCCGGCCCAUGGAAGAUCUACGACGCCAAGAAGAAGUCGACCGGCAAGGCCUACUCGGUCUUCGUCUUCGACAAGAAGUCGCUGGAUGCGCAUAACAGCGGACUGAGCCGAUCAAGCGCGGCCGCAUUCAAGAAGGUCACGGAGGAGGUAGUAGAACGGCUCCGGAAGGAGGCAUCCUCGCUGGCCAAGCUACGGCACCCGAGCAUACUCGAACUCGUUGAGCCGGUUGAAGACACCAGAGGCGGCGGCCUUCAAUUCGUCACCGAAGCUGUGACAGCCUCGCUCUCCAGCCUGUUGCAGGAGAAGGACGACCAAGAGAGAUCAGGAGGGGUCGGCGGUCGCUCCGGCCGAUAUGUCACCGAGGAGCCAGAUGGCACCCGGCGGAGGAGGGAGCUUGAAAUUGACGAGUUGGAGGUCCAAAAGGGGCUCUUGCAGGUCAGCAAGGCGUUGGAGUUUCUCCACGAGAAUGCUGGACUUGUUCAUGGCAACUUGACGCCGGAUGCGAUUCUCAUCAACGGCAAGUCUGACUGGAAGCUUAGUGGGCUAUCAUUCUGCACGCCCCCUGAGAACUCAUCAAAACCGACGUCUUUCCAGCCCAUAAGCCUGCAUGAGGUUCUGCAUAUAGACCCUCGACUGCCCCAUUUUGUCCAGCUGAACCUCGACUAUACCUCUCCCGACUUCGUCCUCGACAACAACCUAACCACCUCAGCCGACAUGUUCUCCCUGGGUUUGCUCUGCAUCGCCCUCUAUAACUCUCCCCACCGCUCUCCCAUCGCAUGCAACUCGAGCAUAUCUAGUUACAAAAGGCUCUUCCAAUCGUCAUCCUCCAUACCGAGCUCAAGCAACAGCUUCUUAUGCUCUCGCACCUUACCGAGGGAUCUCUCGCACCACGUCUUGCCCCGGCUUAUCACGCGACGACCAGCCCAACGCAUGACUACCAAGGAGUUCCAACAGAGCGAGUAUUUUGACAACAUACUUGUGUCGACGAUUCGAUUCUUGGAUGCGUUCCCUGAAAAGACCCCAAACGAGAAAUCCCAGUUCUUGAGGGGGCUGCUCAAGGUUCUACCAUCCUUUCCCAAGUCGGUCAUGGAGAAGAAAAUCCUUCCGGCUCUCCUCGACGAAAUGAAGGACAGGGAGCUCAUAUCUUUGAUUUUGCACAAUGUGUUCAAGAUUAUCGAGCUCUUACCUUCGGGCAAGAGGGCAUUCGGUGACAGAAUCAGGCCUUCUCUAAAGGAGAUAUUUGUCACGAAUGCAAAACAAGGACAAGAGAGAGACCCGGCGAGAGAUGCCGGCCUCAUGAUAAUCCUCGAGCAGCUUCCCGUAAUCACUAAUAAUUGCUCUGGGAAGGAGUUCAAAGAUGACAUAUUGCCCGUGAUUUUCGUCGCCCUGGAAUCCCCUACCCCCUCCCUAGUGGAUGUUGCUUUAAGGGGGCUCCCAACCAUACUACCAGUGCUAGAUUUUAGCACCAUCAAGAACGAGCUCUUCCCUGUGAUCGCUGCCAUAUUUAGUAAAACAAAUAGCCUGGCAAUCAAGGUCAGGGGGUUGCAGGCAUUUGUAAUCCUCUGCGGGGGAUCAGACGAUGCGGCAGACGAUGACGGCCUUGAUGGCUUGACCCAGGGGAGGAAAAAGACCUCGUCCUCGUCGGCGCUGGACAAAUAUACUAUGCAGGAGAAAAUUGUGCCUCUGGUCAAGGGUAUCAAGACGAAAGAGCCGGCUGUUAUGAUAGCAGGGAUGAAGGUGCUCAGGAUCGUUGGAAAAGCAGCCGAUGUCGAGUUUGUGGCCAUGGAGAUUCUCCCAAUCUUAUGGAGCAUGAGUCUCGGUCCGUUGCUCGACCUCAAGCAAUUCCACACCUUCAUGGGCCUCAUCAAGUCUCUGUCUGCGAGAGUCGAGGAAGAGCAGACCAAGAAGUUGCAGGAACUGACCGGGAAUUCCAACGGCGCAACCGCUCUUCCCAAUGAGGACUUCAUGUCAUUUGGUGCCAUCGCGGGGUCCGCUUUCGAUGCCAACGGCACCACCCAGGACGACUUUGAGAUGCUUGUGAAAGGCAAGUCUAGCACUACAACGAACCCAAUGGACGCCAGCUGGGACGGCAUGGCCUCGCCACCCACCAUCACAUCCCCAGGCUUGAAGUCUGCCAAGUCUACGACCACGCCAGCUUUCGCUUGGUCGACCCCAAGUCCAACAACAUCGGCACCUGCUGCCAGCCAACUCGGGGCAGCGAAAGCUCAACAACCGAGCUUCAGGACCGUGACGCCGGAUCUAGCCCAGUUCGCGGCUCUUGCGCCCUCCACCACCCAGUUCUCCCAGCCCCUUCAGCCCGCGUCAAGUGCUCAGCAGCCGAUCCAGCCAUCGGCGGCGACUCCGCUCGGCUGGGGCAAAUUAUCUUCGGGCACAGCCAAUCCCUGGGCUUCGACAUCCGCUACGCCCACGCCGCCCGCCGCACCCCCCACGACUUCUUUCGGCGGCGGGCUGAGCUCGCCCAUGUCGUCCAUGACGCUGGACCAGCGGCCGGCCAUGGCCCAGCAGCGGGGCUCGUCGUUCUCGCUUCCUCCGCCGCCACCGCCGGGGGGCGGGUCCUCGGGCUUCAGCCUGGCGCCGCCCCCUGGGAUGUCCCAGGGCCAGCAGACGACGAACAACUUGGCGGCGGGCUUCGGUCGUCCGGCCGGUGGGUCCGUGGGCAUGGCGGGUGUGGCGAUGAACAGCGCGGGCAAUGCCGGUGCGAACGGCAUGCGGAAUAUGGGGGGAAUGGCGUCCAUGGCGUCCAUGGCGCAGCAGCAGGCUUCGAGGCAGCAGCAGCAGCAGCAGCAACCCCCGAAGUCGGGGUUGGAUAAGUACGCGAGUCUACUGUAAUUGAUAGAUCGGGCCGGGGGGGGGGGGGUGUACCUAGAUAGCAACUUCCUUUUCAGGGGUUGUGGCCCAUGUGUCCCAGCAAGCAGGGGCACAUAUAGUCUAGAUGUAUGUAAUGAGGACUUUCAGUCGGACUCUUGCACAGAUGAAAGGACCUUCUUCGUAAGGCCGAGAUACUUGGUGGAGUUGCAUGGGAUCCGGAGAGUCCCUCUUUUCCUCCGAUGGCGGCGGUAAUGCGCACUGUCGACUUUGACGGUGAGCUUGACGGGAGUCGGUAGUCUGCCCUGCGUCAGGCAGAGGGAUAUUAAAAUAUCAGGACAGGGUAGGUGUCGCAACGAAGGGGUGUUGCAACAGAUGAGGAAGUCACAUUAAGAAAUGCCGGGACCGAUCAAUCACGGAGACGGGGAAAAUAAUAGUUACAGUACUCGUUGAAUACUCGGACACCUCUAAGCCACCACCCUAUCUUGGUUUAUCU